AUGACCAGCGAGCUGGACAUCUUCGUGGGGAACACGACCCUCAUCGACGAGGACGUGUAUCGCCUUUGGCUGGACGGUUAUUCGGUGAGCGACGCGGUGGCCCUGAGGGUGCGCUCGGGAAUUCUGGAGCAGACCGGCGCCACGGCAGCGGUGCUGCAGAGCGACACCAUGGACCACUACCGGACUUUCCACAUGCUCGAGCGCCUGCUCCACGCGCCGCCCAAGCUGCUUCACCAGCUCAUUUUCCAGAUCCCGCCCUCUCGACAGGCGCUGCUCAUCGAGAGGUAUUAUGCCUUUGACGAGGCCUUCGUGCGGGAGGUGCUGGGCAAAAAACUGUCCAAGGGCACCAAGAAAGACCUGGAUGAUAUCAGCACCAAAACAGGCAUCACCCUCAAGAGCUGCCGGAGACAGUUUGACAACUUUAAGCGCGUCUUCAAGGUGGUGGAGGAAAUGCGGGGCUCCCUGGUGGAUAACAUCCAGCAGCACUUCCUCCUGUCCGACCGGCUGGCCAGGGACUAUGCAGCCAUCGUCUUCUUUGCCAACAAUCGCUUUGAGACAGGGAAGAAAAAACUGCAGUAUCUGAGCUUUGGGGACUUUGCCUUCUGUGCUGAGCUCAUGAUCCAGAACUGGACCCUUGGAGCCGUCGACUCCCAGGUGGAUGACAUGGACAUGGACUUAGACAAGGAGUUUCUCCAGGACUUGAAGGAGCUCAAGGUGCUUGUGGCUGACAAGGAUCUUCUAGACCUGCACAAGAGCCUGGUGUGCACUGCCCUCCGGGGGAAGCUUGGUGUCUUUUCGGAGAUGGAAGCCAACUUCAAGAACCUGUCCCGGGGGCUGGUGAAUGUGGCCGCCAAGCUGACCCACAAUAAGGAUGUCAGAGACCUGUUUGUAGACCUCGUGGAGAAGUUCGUGGAACCCUGCCGCUCUGACCACUGGCCAUUGAAUGAUGUGCGGCUCUUCCUGAAUCAGUAUUCAGCUUCGGUCCACUCCCUGGAUGGCUUCCGGCACCAGGUGCUCUGGGACCGCUACAUGGGCACCCUCCGUGGCUGCCUCCUGCGCCUCUAUCAUGACUGA